AUGGCGGUUCGAGCAACGGUGUCGCGUUUUCCGAUCGAUUCAGAUGCUCAAGAGGCGUCAGGACUCCCAUGGGGACUGACAGUGACGCCAUUCGCAGCUAAAGACGAGAACGGGAUCGGACCAGCGUGCGGAUCCAACGGCCAUCUUCUUCCUCGCUGCGAAAACUGCUACGCUUACUUCAACACCUACUGUGAGCUCGAUCAAUGGGCUUGGAACUGCGCGCUCUGCGGCACACUCAAUGGACUUCCUUCCGAUGCAAUUGCUCGUUACUCUAAUCCUCAGUCUAUCCCUGAAAUGAGUUCUUCCUUCAUUGAUCUCGAGUUGCCUCUGGACGGAUCGGAGGAAGAAAUGACGCAAGCGCGGCCUGUAUAUGUUGCGGCGAUUGAUCUCUCUUCUUCUGAGGAAUUUUUGGAGCUUACAAAAAGUGCAUUGCUAGCUGCUCUGGAAGCUCUAAGUCCAGGGUCACUUUUUGGGCUUGCUACAUUCAGCCACAAAAUAGGACUGUAUGAUGUUCAAGGCCCUAUACCAGUUGUAAAGAAUGUAUUUAUUCCCCCUGAUGCAGAGAGCAGCUUACCUCUAGAGCUUGAGGAUGCCAUGCCCUUGUUACAGUUUCUGGCUCCGGUAGAAACUUGCAAGGAUCGUAUUGCUGCUGCUCUUGAGACACUAAGACCGAUAACUUCUUGGGGGAGAUCAUCUGGAGCAGCUCAAGGGAUGGAUGGUGUGUUGAUGGGUGGUAGAGGCUUUGGUACAGCAAUGGAAGCUCUCUUCAACUACUUAGGAUCUGAAUUUGGGAGUACAUUUGCGUUAGCUAGGGUGUUUGCUUUCCUGUCUGGUCCUCCUGAUUAUGGACGUGGACAACUGGAUACGAGUAGGUAUGGUGAACAAUAUGCAAGUAAACGCGUAGAUGCUGAUCGUGCUCUGCUUCCUGAGCAAACACCAUUCUACAAAGACAUAGCAGCCAUUGCUGUCCAGUCAGGUGUAUGUGUAGACGUAUUUGCAGUUACAAACGAGUACACAGAUUUAGCAUCCUUGAAGUUCCUUAGCAUCGAAAGUGGUGGCUCGCUGUUUUUGUAUUCAAGCACUGAUGAUUCGACUCUUCCCCAAGACAUGUUUCGGAUGCUUAAUCGGCCGUAUGCUUUCAAUUGCGUCUUGAGAUUGAGGACGUCAACUGAAUUUAAACCUGGAAACUCUUUUGGUCACUUCUUUCCUGAUCCACAGUACGAGAACAUUCAGCAUAUCAUCUGCUGUGAUUCAUAUGCAACAUAUGCUUAUGACUUUGAGUUUGCAGAUAAUACUGGAUUUGCCAAACAUUCUGGAGAUCAACCUGUGGUGCAAAUUGCAUUCCAGUACACAGUUGUUGUACCUCCCGAGGGACUGUCAAAUUCAGAAAUGUCAUCGUCAAGUAGAGACAAACACACACUUCAGAGACGCCUAAGGAUCAAAACCAUGCAAUUUGGAACUGCAAAAAACAUCAACGAAAUUUACGACAGCGUGGAUCAUGAAGUUGUCCUCUCAUUGCUCGUUCACAAGGUAAUUGUAGCUUCUCUAGAGAAUGGAGUCCGAGAAGGGCGUGCAUUGCUUGACGACUGGCUAGUAAUCCUAACAGCGCAAUACAACGACGCCUUUCAGCUCGUUCCCUACAAAAACGGAAACAAGUCGAUAAGCUCUCAGAUCGACAUCACGUUUUCGCAAUGUCCUCAGCUCGAGCCUUUACCUCGUUUAGUCUUCGCUUUACUCCGUAAUCCCCUUCUCCGGUUUCACGAAGAAGGUGUCCAUCCUGAUUACAGAAUCUACUUGCAAUGCCUUUUCAGUGUGUUGGAGCCGAGCUCUCUUCAUUGCGGGAUAUACCCAACGCUUAUGUCAUAUUCAACACCUGAUCAAGUGGCGUAUCCGCGUCAUUCACUGAGCCGCGCUGCGUUGAUGACAAGUGGCAGUCCGAUAUUUUUCCUAGACGCGUAUACAACUUUGAUCGUCUUCUACUCAUCAACCGCAGACCCGUCGAUUCCUUUCCCUCCACCUCAAGAAUGUUUGUUGAGGAAGACCAUAAAUCAAGUGAAGCAAGAAAGGAGCAUCACACCGAAACUGAUGUUUAUCCGAGGAGGACAUGACGAUGCUACCGCUUUUGAGAACUAUCUGAUAGAAGAACAAGACGUGGACGGUAGCGGUUUUGCUAGCGCCAUGGGGUUUGUGUCUUUCCUCGACGAUAUUUCGCAGAGUGUCGCUGAAUACAUGAAUACAUGA